CCCUAUUCCUCUCUUCAGCUCCUCUCCUUCCCUCCUCCUCCUCCUGCUCUUCUCUUCCUUCCAGAGGCCUGCGCAGUUUGAGUUUAGUGCCUAUACUCCACAGCCGCAGAUUGAGACCCAAAAUGGCUUGGAGCUUGGAGAAACUCGACGCCGCCGCCUUUGAAGUUACCCAGUUGGGAGUGGUUCGUCCGGCCACUGAAGCUCACGUUGACGAGGCUGUUGAGGCUCUUAGAGCUGGAAAAGUCAUUGCUGUCCCGACUGACACGCUUUACGGCUUUGCCUGUGAUGCUUGCUCUUUGGAAGCAGUUCAUCGGAUUUACGAGAUCAAAGGGCGAAAGCACACGAGUCCUCUCGCAAUUUGUGUUGGGGAUGUGCUGGACAUUACGCGCUUUGCUGUCACUGAUCACUUGCCUCAUGGCUUGCUUGAGUCUCUCCUCCCGGGACCUGUUACUCUCGUGCUGAGACGAGGGGAGUCGAGUAUGCUUGAGAAGUCUUUGAACCCCGGAUUGGAAAGUAUAGGAGUUAGAGUGCCAGACUGUAACUUCAUCAGGGGGAUUGCCCGGGAACUUGGGAGUGCAUUGGCCCUUACCAGUGCAAACCUAAGCGGGCAGCCUAGUAGUGUUAGCAUCAAGGAUUUCGAGAACCUCUGGGAACAUUGUGCGUAUGUUUAUCAGGGUGGCGUGCUUCCUUCAGGCCGUGCAGGCUCAACAGUUGUGGACCUUACCAGGCUGGGAAAGUUCAAGAUUCUUAGAUCUGGAAGUGCAAGGGAAGAGACUGUUGCUAUCCUUGAAAGGCAUUCUCUUGAAGAAGAAGGACCGUCUAGUUAAACCACACGUAGCCUCCAUUCUUCAGAUGCUUUGAUAUACUUAUGAGUGAUGGCUUGAACACAAGUUUAGUGACAAAUAUAUUUGAUGCUUGAUUUUCAUUACUUUGUAAAAUUGUUAUCGUUUAACAAGCGAAAUGAUUCUUGAAUCAACACUCAUCUGAUAUGUAUUGAAAAUUUAUGUAAGAGUUUGUUGGGGAGCAAUAUUUCUCAACGACCUCCUGGAAUUAAACCAUGUUUUCUACAUCAGAAUGUUGCUAGAGAUGUUCU